GAUCUAAAAGGAACAGUGGAUUCUGCUGUCGUAAAAUAGUUUUAAACAGUAGACUAGGACACAGAAUCAGAAAGAAAACAAUAGCCUAUAACGGGUCGCGUAGAGUAGCCUUUGGAGUUCUUCGUGGGAGGAAUAAGUACUUCAGCAAUGCACCCUCUUACAGCCCGCUGUCAUCCCAUGGGGACAUUACAAAGGAGCGUUUCCUGGAAAUUGAGCUUGAUCAUAUUUUUCACUGCAUUCCUUUUUUUCUUGGACGUCUUUUCGACCCACCCCGGCUUGUGCAUUACAGAGAAAGACUUGGGCUUGGGGUAUUCCAACCCGAAAGAUCAUGAAAACAUGUCAUUAAGUUUCUGGACAACUCACCCAAGCAGUGAGGUUAACAAGAAUUCAACUUGCAGGGGCAUCGACGUAAUGGCCUAUGGACAAACCAUGUUUAUGAUAGGAUUACUGAUCGGAUCAGCAUUUGCAGGGGUACUUUCUGACAGAUAUGGUAAACGAAUCCUUCUCCUGGGUUGCUGCUGUGUGCAGGCGACUAUGCCGCUGGCGACAGCCCUUCUACCGUACUCUGUCCUGUACCUGGUCGCACGGUGCGUCACGGGGAUUACCUGUUGCGGCAUUCACAUGUGCAGCUUUAGUUUGGGUGUAGAAUGGAGUCACCCAAAGAAUCGAGUUUGGCCCCCUGCGCUUCUGACAUUCAGCUUCAGCGUGGGGAUGAUGUGCCUGGCAGCAGUUGCAUAUGCCUCACCGGGAUGGACUCAGUUUCACCUCGCCCUGGCUUUCCCUCAAAUCAUCUGCCUUCCACUUUACUUUUCCAUACCGGAGUCCCCGAGGUGGCUGCUACUGAACCAAAGAACAGAUCUAAUAAACGUGUAUCGUUCAAGAAGUCCUGAGGACAAGCUCUGCUUUGACCAGCUUCUAGAUUCCUUGGAGAUUGAGCUUCAAAAAACCAAUGUAGAGACUAACCAGAAUGAGAAGAUCUCCCACUGGGCUCACUUCAAAUCACCCACCAUCAUUAUCCGAAUGUUGGUCAUGGGUUUUAUUGGGCUAGCCUCUGCAUUGACCUACUACAGCAUCUCCUUCAGCGUGGGCCACUUUGGGGUGAACAUCUACCUUGCCCAGUUCUUCUCGGGGUUCUCCGAGGCGCCCGCUCUGCUCCUGCCCCUGCUGCUGUCCCGUGCAGGCCGCAGACCGUUCACCAUGGCCUCCCUCCUGAUCAGUGGCAUCACCAGCCUCAUGUCCCUUCUGGUCUCCACCUUCUACGACCUGCCUGCUUUGGUUAUGACCCUGGCCCUCACAGCAAAGCUGUGCAUGCAGUCCACAUCCUGUGUUUCUGUGCUGUAUGGCAUAGAGCUCUUCCCUACAGUCAUAAGACAGAAGUGCUGUGGGGUGGUGAGCAUGUGCCACCGCAUCGGUAGUAUCGUGAACGCGCUGGUGGCCCCUGGGGGACAGAUACCACUGCCAGCCAUGAUCUGCUACAGCAGUGGGCCGUUCCUGGGGGCGGUGCUGUGUCUCUUGCUACCCGAGACCAGUGGCAUCCCUCUGCCCGACACUGUGCUGGACUGUGAGAAGCAACCCCGUCUUCAGUGCCUCCCAUGCUCCAGGUGGUGUCCUCCUGUUGAAAUCCCAGAGACCAAAGAUCCAGAAGUGAAGGAGAAAGUGGCUCUGGAGGCGAACUUUAUAAAUGGCGCCGUGUCCAAGGACAACCCUUAAAGAGAUAAACUUAGAGUCAGCAUACAGCCUUCAUGUCAGGAUAUCUCUCCCUCCUCGCACCCAGACCAACAUACCAUGGUACUCUCUCUCUCUAAAUA